GGCAACCUUCAGCCAAAACAGCGGCGAGCGCGAGGUGGAUCCCACAGGUAGCAUCAGUACCGAGGGUCUGCUUCAGGAUCACUCAGAUUAAAACAGGUUUAAAUGAGAAACAAGCCACAUUUUACGCACCACAGUCGUGCGUAAAGGAACGAAAGACGCGGGUAUUUUAUUUUAUUUUUAUUUUGCUUUCUGCGUUUAAAAGGAACUGUUAUAAUGGCUAUUAGAGCGCCCUCGGUUGCCCGGAUGUGGCUCCCAGCCAUCCAGCACCCCUCAUCCAGAAUGGGACACCCUGAGCACAUUUCUGUGACAGGCUACGGCGCGAGGGCACCAUCCACUUCUCUAUCGCUGCUCACCGGCAGCCUGGACACGCCCUUUCGGAGCCAGAGCGUGGCCACGGACUUCAGCUUCGCGGGGGAGAAGGGUGCCAGAGCGCGUGCCCACCCAGAUCCAGACCACGCGCAAUGGACAGAGCUGCCCAUGCUAGGUCAAAGGGUGGCAGCAAUGAGUCCUGCAGUGAGUCAAGUCUCCGAAAACUCCUCAACCAUCAAUAACCCACUGCUAAAAGAACAAGUAGAUCAGUUGGAGGAAAGUUUAAAAGAGCGGAUUCAGAGCACCGGAGCGCUCACCCUCAAAACAAUGUUCAAAAAUAACCAUCCUGAUGGCAAACCAGUGGCCAACAGGUCUGUUCUGCUGAUGAUCCUCACUAAGUUUCUGAGACGACUUGUCACCACCAAGCAGCUUAAACUCCUCCUACAGCGUCUGCAGCUGUCCGAUCGAGCCCUUGUUUCCUUUGAAGAGUUUUACGGUGCUCUGAGAGAUCCAGACCCACCGGCUAUGCUGACUCUUCCGAAGACCCUGUCUCUGCUCCGUGGAGUCGCCCACACCAGAUUUAUGGAGAAUGUGGAAAACCUUAUGGAUGAAGGAUCACUCAGCCAGAGUUGGAUAUCUGCUCCCCAACUGAGGAACAUCCUGGAGAAACUGAGGCUUCGUCUGCAGGAGCCUGUGUUUGAGCAGUUAUGGAAACGGUUGGAUUCGGAUGGAAUCGGAGCUGUGAGGGUCAGUGUGCUGCUGCAGAAACUGGGACUGGACAAGAAGAACAAACUACGAAGUUCAGACGAAAACGUCCAGUGCUCCUCACCAACCAAAGCCAUACAGGAGACUGUUAACAACAUCCCAGACAGAACACUGAAAGCAGAGGAGGAGCGUCAGGCAUCCAUGGCCAUGGAGGCGUGGCUGAAGGACAGGUUCAGGACAGGAGUUCAGAGGAUGAAGGCGGAGUUUGAUAAGCGAGACCCUGAUGGGUGCGGAAAGGUAAGCAAUGAAGACUUCCUACAGGUGCUUGCGACCUUUGACUUGAAACUGAAGAGAGAGCACCUGGGGCUGUUCUUGUCCCGCUGUGGUUUGGGGUUCCGGAAGGGUGGUGUGGAUUACACUCGCUUCCUCCGCACAUUUCAGGACCGAAGCCAGGAUGGCGUCACACACAAGAUUAUCUCCAACCCCCAACACAGGUUUCACUCUGAAGGAAAGCUCCUUCACGGUUCCUCUGUGACUGAAGUAGAAGCCAAGCUCACUCGCCUCUUGCACUCUGAGUAUCUCUCGCUCUUAGAAGCCUUUCAGAACAUCGAUAAGCUGAACAAAGGAAUCAUUACUCAAGAGGAGUUUAAGACAGCUGUGGAAAACAGGUUUGGCCUUCAGAUUUCCGAUUGGGAGUUUGGACAGCUGGUGGACAGGCUGCCCCUGGACCGAUCCGGAAACGUGCAGUAUGGAGUUUUCAUGGCAGGAUUUGACACGAGAAAAGGAGUUCCUAGUCUAUUUGAAGCUGGUACAACUGCUGGACAUCAAGGUUUAUCAGAGAAAGCUCUAGAUGAAGAAGAGGAGAAAACUGUGGUGGGAAAUGGCAGAGGUGUCACUGAGCUCUCAAAACUGAUCAGGAACACAGUAGCCCAGCACUACAGAGAUGUGGUGAAAGUGUUUGAGGAACUUGAUGAGAAAAACACCAGAAGACUCACUCAAGAAGACAUGUACCAACUGCUCAAGAGGUUUCCUGUGCUGUCUGAGAUAACUCGUGGUGAGGUUCGGCACUUGUGGUCAUCUCUGCUCACCAGGCAGGAUGGCACGGUGGAAUUUGAGCAUUUCAUCCGGCAUUUUGGCCCCUCUCCAACAUCGCGCCGCUACCCCAAUUCCAAACGCUGCCCACCGAAACGAGGAGACAAUGACCUCAUGCGCCUCUCAAAGAAUCUCAGCUAUGUGUCGGACAUUUUGGUGGACUCCCUCCGGGCCAAGGUGGAGCUCUCAGUAGCCGAGCUGUGGGCUGAAUUCACCAGCAUGGAUAUGCUCGGUACAGGUUCAGUGAGUCGUGAGGAGUUUAAGGAAGUCCUGACUAGUCUCUGUGUUCUUCUCAACCAAUAUGAAUGUGAAGUGUUGGCCAACAAGUUCGACCUGAACAAUGAUGGAAGAGUGUCCUACAGGGAGUUCCUCAGACCUUUCGCUUCUCAAGGACAAGAAUGGACGAAUGGUUUCAAUAUGGCUGCUGCUCUGCACUCUCACAGAGAGACUGGUGAUUCACCUAGGAACAUGGAAGUGGUCUCCCUUGAAACUCUGAGUACCAACAUCAGAAAAAGGCUCGGAAAAAAGCGCCGAGCCAUCCGUAAAGCCUGUCAGAGGUUGGAUGCCUCAAGUUGUGGACACCUCUCGGCAGCAGAGCUGGUCACAGUCUUGCAGCUGUGUGGAGUAUGUAAAAGCCCGGAGGAGCUGAAGAGUGUGAUUUCAGUGCUUUCCACAGACCCAACAGGACAUCUGGACUACCGUCCACUUCUCCAGACAAAACAAGACACUUCGCAGAAUGACCAGCAACACCUCCCACACCUGUCCCACGGCCAGAAACUCAUAUAGGGUCACCUUCCUGAACAGGGAUUGAGCCAAGGUGUUAUAUAUGUUUUCAUCAAUCCAACCACUAUAUGAUUUAAAUGUAUUUUAAAAAAUAAUGGGGCUUCUGCAAAAGCUUUGAAGCCAAAAUCAUUUAAUAAACCUUUUAAAAAAUCCUUGCAGAUACUAAAAUGUAAGGAUAAACGUGAUAAAAAAAAAAUUUAAUAAACAUGAUUUAUUGUAAUAUCACCCCAGACACCAGUCAGUUAACCACGACAUGUUUUAUAUCUUGUGUAUGCUUCUUUGGUUUUGAACAGAGGAUGCUAAUUUAGCAUUGUUAAAAACAUUGUUAAAUACACACCAAAAAAAUGAAUAAUAAAAAAUAAACCCCCUUAA